CAUUUCUUCAGCUUGCCAUUCCUCUAAGAACUCACUCGAUUCAAGUCGCUCAACACAGUCGCAAACAUGGCGAGCCCAUCCAACCUUCCCGCUAUCUUCAACCCUACGUCCCAGGACAUUGAGAUGCUCCUGGCCGCACAAUGUCACCUGGGAUCUAAGAACUUGCAGGUGCACAUGGAGCCAUACCUAUGGAAGACUCGACCUGAUGGUGUCAAUGUGAUCAACAUCUCAAAGACUUGGGAGAAGAUCGUUCUCGCUGCCCGCAUCAUCGCCGCCAUCGACAACCCAGCCGACAUCUGUGUAAUCUCCGCCCGUCCCUACGGUCAACGAGCUGUCCUCAAGUUCGCUGCUCACACCGGAGCUGUCGCUAUCGCUGGUCGUUUCACCCCUGGUAACUUCACCAACUACAUCACCCGCUCGUUCAAGGAACCCCGCUUGAUCAUUGUUACCGACCCUCGCACCGAUGCCCAAGCCAUCAAGGAGGCUUCGUACGUCAACAUCCCAGUCAUUGCUCUCUGCGAUACCGACUCCCCUACCGAGUUCGUCGACGUCGCCAUCCCCACCAACAACAAGGGUCGUCACGCCAUCGGUCUCGUUUGGUGGUUGUUGGCUCGUGAGGUCCUCCGUCUCCGAGGCACUCUCGCUAACCGCGAGGUUGAUUGGGACGUUGUGGUCGAUCUGUACUUCUACCGUGAUCCCGAGUCUGAGGAGCAGAAGGAGGAGGAGAAGCAACCUGGUGCUGACGAGGCCGGGCCGGCCGCUGUUGACCGCGGCUUCACCGACAACGCGGACUGGGCUGGAGAGUCAGGUGCUGCGCCGGGCAUUGAGGGUGCUCCUCAGGCUGAUGCCACCUGGAACGACCCUGGUACCGGUGGUGGUGACUGGGCUCAAGAGACCACCGCUGGCGCCACUGCUGGCUGGUAAGAGGUUGCGAAGUCAAGUUGUUCAAUGUGCAUGAAUGCAGUAUCUGCAUUUUCCCGCCUAAAAAGCUCGACAUCUACAUCUUCCAUCUCACUCCAUGCACGGGACUCUUUCAACCACGAUCUGCUUGCUAUUCGCUAUUCACGAUACAACAAGGCCAAAAGUCGACGGCACUCAUGAGGGAAAGAUACUCUACUGGGAUCACUCGUUCUUCUCGGAAGAGGGAAAGCCCUGUGCUGGAGAUGAAGGGAGUGUACUUAAUCGUUGCCCGGUCUUGUGAUAACGUGUGUCACUGAGCAUAUCCAAGAAAGGAUGAAAUAGAACCAAAAAAGAUGAAGAAAAAUUG